CUGUCAAGACUCCGGAUAGCAAUACGCCGAUAAGUGUCGAGAGAUAUAAACGGUCAAGGCGGUUCGCAGCGAUAAGACCGAAUGCGAUGGUGACGGUCGUCCAUCCUUCAGUAUCCAAGUAAACACUAAACGAAACGGGUGCUGUAGCCCACUGAACAUAGUCAUGUCUCCCACUUUGGUUACCAUCGACGCCAACGAGCCACUACAGGCCAUUCUCGACAUUAUCGCCCGUGAUGGCGGCGUCAUUGUCUCCAACUUUCUGCCUCCCGACUUGCUGAAAGAGACUAUGACCUCGAUCGAGCCUUACUUCCGGGGACGUACGACUUACAAGUCCAAGGCGACCCACGACGAACUAGGCCAAGACUUUUUCCCCGAAGGUUCUUUGAGGGUUUAUGCGCUCUUGGCCAAGAUCCCCGAACAGCUCGUCAAGAUCAUGCGCCUCGACGUCUGGCAAGGCAUCAUGGCCCGGUUCCUCAACGACGAAUACGCAUCGUAUACCGGUUCCAACCUCAUCCCGCAAAAGAGCGGGUACAUGCUAGCUUCCACCGCGGCGCUUCGUCUUGUACCGGGAGCCAAGCCUCAGCCGUUGCAUCGAGACCAGAUCGCCUAUCAGACCCGGCCUGACGCUUCGAACCCGCUAUUCACGCCGAUGGUCGGCUGCCUGAUCGCCGGUUCCAAGUGUACCAAGAAGAACGGCGCCACCGCCGUUAUCCCCGGUAGCCACCUCUGGCCCCCCUGCCGUGCGCCUAAGGUCGAGGAAUGCACUUAUGCAGAGAUGGAACCCGGUUCGGCGCUGUUCACUCUGGGUUCGACUUACCACGGCGCUGGGGAGAACAAGUGUGACCCGACCGAUCCUGACGCUCUCCGAACGUUGUUUGCGGUGUUCGGGCAACGAGACUAUUUCAGACAGGAUCAAGACGAGGUCCUCUCCACGCCUAUAGAGAUCGCAAGGAGGCUUCCAGAGGACAUCUUGAAGAUCGCCGGGUAUCACAAGGCCGUCGGUGGAGUGGGAUAUGUCGAGGAUCAUCAGUCACCUGUCGAGUUCCUCCACGGCGAAUCGGGAAUGGGCAGGUUCGGACCUCAGUCCGUCAAGGUGGCUCUCUAACUCUAGAUCAGAGUUCUGGAUCGUCCCUUUGAGCUUUUAUCGUUGUUCCUCGUGGGAGAUCAGACUAGGUAGCU